AUGGACCGCAGUCACAGCGUCUGCUUCGAGUGUGGCAGCGACGACCUCGUUGAGGACCAUGGCGCUGGCGACCUCAUUUGCCGGGGAUGCGGUAUGGUCCUGAUCGAACACAUGAUCGACGAUGCACCCGAUUGGAACAAUUAUGCCGAGGACGAUAGACAACGCGGGGAUCAAAGCCGCGUCGGUAAGGGCCUCGACGAGCGCCUGGGCCUCGACGCGACGCUGGAGACCUAUAUCGUCGGGCCCAAGUCCAAGGCGUCGGCCGACGGCCCUCCGCGCGCACACCACUUGUCGCAAACCUCGCAAGUCGUCCGCCGCCGGGCGGGCUUUGACGCGCUUCGCGACUACUGCGAUGCGCUGCGCGUCAACAACACUGUCGCUGACUACGCCAUCACGCUCUUCGCCAAGGUCGACGAGUCGGAGCAGUUCAACGUCUCGCGCAAGCUCAAUAAGGCCCGCGUGUACGCCGCCGUCUUGUACAUGGCCUGUCGCGACUGUGGCAACACGCGCAGCUACAAGGAGCUCGAGGUGAUUACCGGCGUCGACAAGUUCAAGAUUGGCAAAAUGGUGACGCAGAUCACGAAGGCCAACCUCAUCGACCGCGCGGGCCCGGCGCCGCGCGCCCGGACCGAAGACUUUCUCGCGCGCUUUUGCUCGUCGCUCAAUUUACCGCAGAAGACGCGAAUCAUUGCGUCGCCGAUUGUGGAGAAGGCCACCAAGAUGGGCAUCGUCGAGGGCCGCGCGCCGCAUGCGAUCGCGGCGGGCGUCAUCUACAUUGUGGCAGCCUUCACCAACGCCAAGCGCUCGGUCGAAGAAGUGAGCGAAGUCACGUCCGUCGGCGCCAACGUCGUCAAGGAAGUGGCCAAGCUCUUGAACAAGAGCAAGAAGGACCUCUUUGCCGACGUCCAAGACAUCAUGGUGGCGUGA